AAGCCCAAUCGACAAGAUGCACGAACUAGCAGCAUACGCCAAACCGCAAGAAUCCAAGAUGCAAUACCACUACUUGGGACAAUCGGGACUUAAGGUAUCCCAGAUCAUUCUAGGAGCCAUGUCUUACGGCUCUUCCAAGUGGCAAGAUUGGGUUCUUGACGAGGAACAAGCAUUACAUGACCAAAUANNGGCCGACGUCUACUCCAACGGCCGCAGCGAAGAAAUCAUCGGCACUGCAAUCACCAAAUACAACAUUCCUCGCCACCGCCUUGUGCUGCUCUCAAAAUGUUAUUUUGGCGUCACCGACGAAGACAAUUCUGCGCAUCAACCAACGAUCCCGCAAAUGAUGAAUAAUGAUGGGGACUUGGUGAACAGAGUUGGGCUUUCGAGAAAGCAUAUCUUUGAUGCUGUGGAAGCUAGUGUCAGGAGAUUGGGUACUUAUAUUGAUGUGCUACAGGUUCAUAGAUUGGACAGGGGAGCACCCAANAAGGAAAUCAUGCGUGCACUCAACGAUGUCGUUGAAAAAGGCUGGGUCCGCUACAUCGGCGCCUCUUCAAUGGCAGCCUGGGAGUUCCAAGAGUUGCAGAACAUUGCAGAAACUCACAACUGGCAUAAAUUCAUCAGCAUGCAAAACUACCACAACCUCCUCUAUCGCGAGGAAGAGCGCGAAAUGAUUCCUUACUGCAAAGCCACUGGCGUAGGCUUAAUCCCUUGGUCACCCAUGGCCCGUGGCGUGCUCGCUCGUCCUUGGUCUUCUCGCUCCUCCAUCCGCGAAUCCUCCGACAACACUCUAAAAGCAUUGAUCCGCAGCAAGGAAACCGAAACCGAUGAAAAGAUUGUCAAGAGAGUGGAGGAGGUUGCGAAGAGAAAGGGUAUCAGUAUGGCUGCUGUGGCGGUCGGGUGGAGUAUUGCCAAAGGCGAUAUUCCAAUUUUGGGGUUGAGCAGUAAGGAGAGGAUCGAUGAGGCGUGUGAGAAUUGCAAGGUCAAGUUGAGUGAGGAGGAGAUUGCUGAGUUGGAGGAGUUGUAUAUGCCAAAGGCCGUUUCUGGGUUC